UUUCUCUGCAAGAGGAAACCGUCUCAGGCGGCCGCCCCGCGCGCCCGCGCCCGCGCCCCGCGCCCGGCGCCCUUACCGAGGUCUUGGCGACGUUGCCGCGCUGCGUGAUGUUCUUGCUGUGCUUCUCGUUGGCCAUCCGGAUCCGCUGCUUGGCCACCAUCUUCGCGGCGCCGCCCCCGGCCGGCCGGCCCUCGGCCGCGCUCGCUCGCCCGCCGGGCCGCUGAGAGGCUCGGCCCCCGGAGCCCGCGCCGCCGCGGCGAGGAGGCGCUCGGGACAGGCGCCGGCGGCGGCCGCUGGGCCUGGGCGCGGCGGGCGCGGGGCGCGGCUGGCGGGGCGCCGGGCGCCGGCGGACGGCGUCGGGCGGGCGGGCCGGGCCGGCGGGGCGCGCGGGGGCACGGAGCGGGCCGCAGGGGGGUCCUCGCGCCGCCGCUCUGGCCGCCGCCGGGAGCGCGGAGAGAAAGAGGAAGCAGACGCAACAACGGGACGGUGCAGCCCGCCGCCUCGAACUACUCCGGGUUCGGCUGCCAACGUCAGCACUGGGCGGGCUCCGCCCCGCGGAAGUGCGGCUCCGCCCGCGGGAGAGGGAGGCGCGGCCGGGCCUCGUACGCUCAGUCCCGAGGCGCCGCCGAGCUGCGCGUGCGCGCUCCGCCGCCGGAAGUGAGUCGGCCCCGACGCUGGCGGCCCCGGAAGCACCCGCUGGCAGUCUGCACGCCUGGGCCGACGUGUAGGGGCCGGGUUCGGCCCUCGUGAACUCUCACCCCGGCGCGCGGGUUUCUUUUUCCGGGACAAGAUGGCGCCGUCCACGCCGCUGUUGACAGUCCGAGGAUCAGAAGGGCUGUACAUGGUGAAUGGACCACCGCAUUUUACAGAAAGCACAGUGUUUCCAAGGGAAUCUGGGAAAAAUUGCAAAGUCUAUGCCUUUAGCAAGGAUGGAACCUUAUUUGCCUGGGGCAACGGAGACAAAGUAAAUAUUAUCAGUAUCACUAACAAGGGACUACUGCAUUCCUUCGACCUCCCAAAGACAGUUUGCCUUGAAUUCUCACCAAAAAACACUGUUCUGGCAACAUGGCAGCCUUACACUACUUCUAAAGAUGGCACGGCUGGAUUACCUAACCUACAGCUUUACGAUGUGAACACUGGCACAUGUUUGAAAUCUUUCAUACAGAAAAAAAUGCAAAACUGGUGUCCAUCCUGGUCAGAAGAUGAAAUUAUUUGUGCCCGAAAUGUUAACAAUGAAGUUCACUUCUUUGAAAACAACAAUUUUGACACAAUUGCAAAUAAAUUACAUUUGCAGAAAAUUAAUGAUUUUGUUUUAUCACCUGGGCCACAACCAUAUAAGGUGGCUGUCUAUGUUCCAGGAAGUAAAGGUGCACCUUCAUUUGUUAGAUUGUAUCAGUAUCCCAACUUUGCUGGACCUCAUGCAGCUUUAGCCAAUAAAAGUUUCUUUAAAGCUGAUAAGGUUACAAUGCUAUGGAAUAAAAAAGCUACUGCUGUGCUGGUGAUAGCUAGUACAGAUGUUGACAAGACAGGAGCGUCAUACUAUGGAGAACAAACACUGCACUACAUUGCAACCAACGGAGAGAGCGCUGUAGUGCAGUUACCAAAAAGUGGCCCCAUCUAUGACGUAGCGUGGAAUUCUAGCUCCACCGAGUUUUGUGCUGUUUAUGGUUUCAUGCCUGCCAAGGCAACAGUUUUCAACCUGAAGUGUGAUCCUGUGUUCGACUUUGGGACUGGGCCACGCAACGCAGCCUACUUUAGCCCUCAUGGCCACAUAUUAGUCCUGGCUGGAUUUGGAAAUCUGAGGGGACAGAUGGAAGUGUGGGAUGUUAAAAACUACAAACUGAUUUCUAAGCCAGUGGCUUCUGAUUCUACGUAUUUUGCGUGGUGCCCAGAUGGUGAGCAUAUUUUAACAGCCACGUGUGCUCCCAGGUUACGUGUCAACAAUGGGUACAAGGUUUGGCACUACACGGGCUCUGUCUUGCACAAGCAUGAUGUGCCAUCAAAUGCGGAGUUGUGGCAGGUCUCUUGGCAGCCAUUUUUGGAUGGAAUAUUUCCAGCAAAAAGAAUAACUUAUCAAGCAGUUCCAAGUGAAGUGCCCAGUGAGGAACCUAAAGUCUCCACAGCUUACAGACCUCCAGCUUUGAGAAAUAAACCAGUCACCAAUUCCAAGCUGCAUGAAGAGGAACCGCCUCAGAAUAUGAAACCACAACCAGGAAAUGAUAAACCAUUAUCAAAAACAGCCCUUAAAAAUCAAAGGAAGCAUGAGGCUAAGAAAGCUGCCAAGCAGGAAGCAAAAAGUGACAAGAGUCCAGAAGUGGCACCUCCUCCUCCUCCACAGAGCACACCACGAAACCCUGUCUCUCAGGCCUCUUCCGGUGACCCCGAAGUAGACAGAAAAGUUAAGAACCUGAGGAAGAAACUGAAAGCUAUUGAACAACUGAAAGAACAAGCUGCAGCUGGAAAGCAGCUAGAAAAAAAUCAGUUGGAGAAAAUUCAAAAAGAGAAAGUCCUUCUCCAGGAGCUGGAAGAUUUGGAAUUGGGUAUUUAAAGUACACAGAAAGCAAGGUGGUUACUACCAUAAACCAGUGCCAACACAUUUUCUGUCAAACCCAUUGGUGUUCAUGGAAUAUCCAUGUGCCCUUAUUUAAUGUUGGUCUGUAAUUUUAAUGAGUUAUGCAAGAGUCUGAAUAUGUAUGAAAUUAUUUAAUAUCUAUUAAAUUGACUUCUAUAUAUCCUGCAUCCUGUAUCAUGUCAAUACGUGAUGAAGAAAAGAUACAUGAGAUUUUUAGCUAAGUUGACAGAUUGAAAGCUUUUUUUAGUAAGGGACAGUAUUUGCUAUAUAAAUGAAUAAAGACAUUUUAAAUUUAACUGUU